AUGGAGAGCUCUAAAAGCCCCCCCUCAGCCAAUGUUUUUGGGGGAUUCUGGGGUUUCCUCAGAAGAUGCCUCUUCUAUGUGCUGACUUUGGGCCCUAUGCCAACUCAUGUAGCCUUCAUCAUGGACGGGAACAGGAGGUUCACACGCAUCAGGAAGAUGGAAACAGGCGCUGGUCAUAGAGCCGGACUCACAUCCCUCAUGUCCGCUCUUCAGUACUGCUAUGAAAUGGGCAUCACCUAUGUGACUGUCUAUGCCUUCAGCAUUGACAAUUUUAGGCGGAAGCCAGAGGAGGUGGAGCAUGUGAUGAAUCUGAUGCUCGAGAAACUCGAGAACCUUCUGGAGGAGGAGAGCUUGGUGACCAAGUACGGAGUCAGAGUCAACUUCUGGGGGAAUUUGCGGAUGCUGAGCGAGCCUGUGAGGCUGGCAAUCGAGAAGGCUAUGGCUGCUACUUCAGCGAACACCGGCCCCGUGCUGUCUGUGUGCGUUGCUUACACCUCCACUGCUGAGAUCACUCAUGCAGUCGAAGAAUCAUGCAGAGAGAGGCUAAAAGCUGUUCAGGAAGGGCGUUCCAGUGUGGCGACUCUGUCAGUGAAAGACGUGGAGAGAAGCUUGUACACGGCCGGCUGCCCUGAUCCAGAUGUUGUGAUCAGGACUUCUGGGGAGACAAGGCUGAGCAAUUUCCUCCUCUGGCAGACAUCUAUCACCCACCUGCAGAACCCUUCUGUACUGUGGCCAGGAUUCUCUAUAAGGCACCUGGUUUGGUCGAUUCUUGAGUACCAGAGAGCCCAGCCCUAUCUGGAGAAGAGAAAAAGGUUUAACUUUUAG